AUGCCCCCUCAAGGUGUUGUUGUUGCAAGAAUCCCCAAGAAGAAGAUAUUGAUCAUCUACUGUGCUCUGGAGAGUUUGCGAAAGAGAUAUGGUCAAUCCUGUGUGGUCUAUUUGGAAUUAUGGAAAACAAGAUGUGGGGAGAAGUAUGGAAAAGAACAAUAUAGUGUCAGGAAAUGUAUAAGUCAGAUUGUUGUUACUAUAACUCAGCUGGUGUCCAUCCAAUUUGUGAAUGUGAAACUAAUUCCUAAUUGGGAGUCUAUUGUCCAUCUGAAGAUGAGUAAUAUUAACAGUAGGAGAAGAGCUAUGGUUAAAUGGAGUAAACCAUCGACUAGUUUUGUGAAACUAAACUCAGAUGGUAGCUGCAAAAAUGAUCUUUGUGGAGGUGGAGGGGUGAUUAGGGAUUGCGAGGGGUAUCUUUUUUUUGCUUACUCACUAAAUCUUAGAGAAGGCACUAGUAAUUGGGUUGAAGCUAUGGCGCUGUUAUAUGGCAUAAGGUGGUGUAUCAACAAUGAAUAUGAGUUUAUCUUGGCAAAAAGUGACUCAAAAUUACUAGUAAAUUGUGUCAACGAUCAGAACUCUACCCCAUGGAAGAUACAGAGAGAAAUGGAGGAACUAAAAGCCCACAUGGAGAAUACAAGUUAUAUUUUGCGACACUGUUACAGAGAGGCCAACAAGGUUGCUGACAAACUGGCAUCGCUAUGCCAUACUAAUCAACAGAGCACUAUGUUUACAACUUUUGCUAAACUUCCUAGAAGAAUUAAGGGCCUUAUGACUAUGGAUAGAUGGAAUAUGGCUAACUUCAGAACUAUCCGAAAAAAGAAGAUAGAGAUCAUCUGGGACCCGCCUUGA